AUGGACUAUGAUAGUACACCUGGUGUACUCCAGCAGUAUACUAGGGUGCUUAUAAAGGAAUGUUUACAAAAAUCUGAAAAAAUUGAAAAUUGUGAUUUUAUUCAAUGUUUUCAUGAUAGAUAUAAAUGUAGUGGUGAUGGAAUAACAGAAUGGGCUGUUGACUUAUGUAAAGCCUUUCCAGUUAACGUUAUUCAACAAUUUACACAACAGGGACAAAAAAUGAUGAUUAAUAUUCAAAACUGUACUCAACGUUUUCUCGCCCAAACAUAUCGUGUAAGAAACAAAAUAAAUUGUGAACAAUUUGAAAGAAAAUAUUUUGAUAAUAUGGCAGUGUGUUACAAUCAAUCUGAGUUUUGUCAAGUGUUCAAAGAAAACCGACAAUUCUUUAUGAAAUAUUCUGGUGCAACAAUCAUGCGACAACCAAAGUAAGUUAUAACGAUAGUCAAACACUAACGAGGGAACCUCUCGAGGUGAUUAAAAGCUUUUCGAUUCAGACUAUUUUCAUCAUGUAGGGAAUAGUCAGCAGUGAAAAACCCCAAGUUGGUUUGGGCCCAUGCGCCUUUUUGACGGAGAUAUGAGUUAAUUAAUGAAAAUGCCAUUGACAAUAAUUAAUUAAU